UGUGUGUCUGUGUAUUGUCCAUGACUAUCAGACAGUGUUAGUGCUCCUCACUGAAGAUCUGGUGGGAUUUCUCUAUGUGUGUGUGUGUGAGGAUUUCUCCAGAUGAACUCCAGUCGAGGCCACAGCAGUGAAUGAGUUUGAGGAGAUCUGCUGAAGACUUCAUGGAUGUUCUGGGAGAAAGAGAAGCUCUGCAGCAGUUCUUUAAUGGUGAGGAUGCGAGCGGUGUGUUGGACACCAGUUUUCUGGAGCAGUACCUGAGCAAUGAAAGCGACUCCACGUGCAUGUUACCUGAAUCCCCGCCGGACUCGUGCUCAGAGCGCAGUUCUCCUCCUCAGAUACCAGGUUCAGGAUGGACGAGAGCCGCGUCGCUUCACGUGGGCUGUGAUUCGCUGUCUCAGUAUGUGAACACGUCUGAGUCGUGCCGUGACUCACCCGCUCUCUACUCUCUUCAGCAUCCUCCCUGCACACAGAUGACAUCUGAUCCAGUCAAACAACACCAACGGCCCGGACAUAUAGCACAUGAAAAUAGGAAGAGAAGACGCUCAGAACUUCUGGAUGAGAACACAGAGACGUGCAGGAGGAGCGACUCGCUUUGGACCCCGCCCACAUUCUGUGGAGAUCGGGGAGCAUGUGAAGCAUUCUCGCCUGACAGUGACGGCGGUGGACAUCACAUGCUGUCGUGGGACAGAUAUCAGCUCGGCCGAUGGUCACGUCUCUUCAGCGCCCGGCUUGAGGCUCUAUCUCCUCCAGGUUAUCAUGUGGACGCUGAUAAAGGCUUCAGUUACUCCACAGCCGAUGAAGCUUUCGUCUGUCAGAAGAAGAAUCAUUUCCAGGUCACCGUUCACAUCGGAAUGCUCGGAGAUCCCUCGUACGUGGAGACCCCGGCCGGACCCUUGCCCGUAGAGAGCUUCCACGUGAAGGUGUUCGGGGUAAAGCUGGAAGCACUCAAUCACUUCAUCACUAUCGAGCAGUCUCAGUCGGACCGCAGUAAGAAACCGUUCCUGCCGAUCAAAGUCCAGCUGCCCCGUGAUAAAAUCACUAAGGUAACGUUGAGCCGACUUCACUUCAGCGAGACCACGGCCAAUAACAUGAGGAAGAAAGGCAAACCCAACCCUGACCAGAGAUAUUUCAUGAUGGUUGUUGGUCUGUACGCCACCGUGAGUGAAGAGAAAAGUUUCCUGCUGGUCGCUAAUGUAUCAGAAAGACUCAUCGUCAGGGCGUCCAAUCCCGGACAGUUUGAGAACGACACUGAUGUUCUUUGGCAAAGAGGUCAAGCUCCAGAGACGGUGGUGUGUCAUGGCAGGAUCGGCAUUAACACGGACAAUCCCGACGAAUCUUUGGUGGUCUGUGGGAACGCCAAGAUAAUGGGCAACAUCAUGCACCCAUCAGACCGGAGAGCCAAAGAAAACAUUCAGGAGGUGGACUCGACGGAGCAGUUGAGGAGAAUUACACAGAUGAGGAUCGUGGAGUACGACUACAAACCAGAAUUCGCCUCCAGGAUGGGAAUCGAUCAGGUCCAUGAAACAGGAAUCAUCGCACAGGAGGUGAAGGAGCUGCUGCCGUCUGCGGUCAGAGAGAUGGGUGACGUCACGUGUGUCAACGGAGAAACCAUCCCUCACUUCCUCAUGGUGGAUAAAGAGCAGAUCUUCAUGGAGAACGUGGGCGCCGUGAAGCAGUUGUGUAAGCUCACCGACAACCUGGAGACUCGCAUUCAAGAGCUGGAGGUGUGGAACAGUCGUCUGGCCAAACUAAAGAGGCUCGGCAGCCUGCGCUCCAGUAACUCGUCCAACGCCAAAGCUUAUGAAGCAGGAAAGAGCCAGGAGACACGUCCUGCGCAGAAGACCUCAACAUCUACAAGCGACUGCUGUGGGAGAUAUCAGGGGUGUCUUCAGCAUCGAGUGUUUCAGGCCAGUAUCAUCAUGCUGGUGACCACCAUGGCUGUGUGCGUCAUCUCUAUAACGGCUCUCUACAUGCUGACGUUAGAAGAGGACGUGGACUUCAACAGCAGUCUGAACAGCAGUGAGGUCAUGCCUCCGAUCUCCACCACAGUAACGCAACUAACGACAGCGUCGGCCACGUCUCCUCCCGCGCCCUGGCCUCCAGACAUCGACUUCUCCGACGUCUUCUACUCAGAUCAGAUCUACUGCUGCCAUUCCAAUCUAACAUCAUCCACAGCGGCCAAUCACAGAAGAGCUGAGAAAGAGGAGUGGACGGAGAAACUGCCGGAGAUACUGAAGAACUCCACAGACUGGAAAAACACAACCAUCCGCUCCAUCAUCAUCACUCAGAACCUACAGACCAUCGAUCAGCAGUACUGUGACACACACCAGUGUGGGAAGGGAAAGUACAGUUACGUCAUCCCCCUCAGUAAACACAUCCCACCCAACAUGCCCAUCACCCUCCAGAUCACCACAGAUGAGCUGUUGGUGGUGUAUUUGUGUUCAUAUGAUGAGAGACAGCAGUGUUAUUCUUUACUGGAGCACAACGGCCUGAAGUCCAACACGGCUCUCAACACACAGGGUUACGUUCAUAAAUGGACUCUGGCCACAGCCAAUCAUUACCGCUCUUCUUAUCACUUCCGUGUCGCUGUCGCUGGUUUGGCCAACUGUAGCACCGACCCAAACUACUCCGAGUUCUUAUUCACAGACUAUCAGAUGAACUUCUUCCGGCGCUGUGACUGAUAACACAAACACACACAACUGAGUGACAUAUGAACAUUUGUUUGUGUUAAUUCAUAUAGUUUCUUGUUAUCCAAAAGAAAAUCUUCUGUCAAAUGUGAAUCACACACAUGAGAGACAGAUGAGUGAGGUGUGUAGCGUUCCAGCAGUGCUUCAGCAUAAAUCAUCUUUAACUCCACAGGAAGGAACUUUUAUUCCUCUGAUUUGUUUGUAUUUGUGGAUGCAGAUGAGUUUGGAAGUUAUGAUGAUGAACAGUACUCAUGACACGUGCUUGAUAUCAAUAAUAAACGCUAACAAUGAAGAUGUCACACGGAUGAUGUUGAGAUUCUAGAACUCACACCAAGAGGAUUUUAAAGAUUUGA